AUGUCGGAAUCGCAGUCCAGGCCGGGCCUCGCCCGCUACCGUCCGGUGCUCUACCUCCUCACAGGCAUCGCAGCCGCCUACGCCCUGGUAUACAUCAACAACCAGCUCUUCUCGACCUCCCCGUCCCAGCCCCUCCGUCGACGACGAACUGUCCGACGCCACCGACGAAACGAGCCCGAAGACCCCGGCGCCGCAGACACGCCGUCAUCCCGCGCCAUAGCCCACCUGGAGCUCCUGGAACGCCAGAACGGCGUCUACGGCACAUUUCGCAUAGAAACCGAAGAUGGCCGGCGCGUGGAGAGCGGCCUUCUCCCGUCGCUUCUCGCAACACGGGACCAGCUCAUGGAGGAGGUCGGCGUACCGCAGGCACAUGCGGAGCGCAUGCGCGAAAUGAUGGAGGAUACAUUCUUGGAGUCGUUUCUGGCGCUAGACUUCCCGCCCACGCAUGUCCUUGAAGAGGGCAGCGCGGAGAGGAACUACCUCACGGAACAACUGCAGCGACGGGGGAUCUCGCGGGCGGGUAUUGAGCGGGCGCUGGCGCGCUUCAACGAGGACAGCAAUUAUGGCGAGGAACUGCGACGACGGCGUCAAAACGGCGAGCGCGUGACGUUGUCGACCUCCACGUUCCCGGAUGAGACGGCUGGGGCGCCGGCCGGGUUGAAUAUGGACGGUGGUGAAACGGUGGUCGACGAUCAGAGCGUGUUUUCGUGGCGAGACGGGAAUAACGAUUCGUCGCCGACGCGGGAGGGUCAGAAUUUGCUGAACCUGCUUUAUCAUAUUGCAGAGGACCAGGCCCGCCGGGAUGGGUAUAUCCAUCGGGGCGUGACGUGCAACAGUUGCGGUGCCAUGCCGAUCCAGGGGAUUCGGUAUCGCUGUGCGAACUGCAUCGACUAUGAUCUUUGCGAGACGUGCGAGGCCAUGCAAGUGCACAUCAAGACGCAUCUGUUCUACAAGGUCCGCAUUCCGGCGCCGUUCCUGGGGAGCCCGCGCCAGUCUCAGCCUGUAUGGUAUCCUGGGAAGCCUGCGAUGCUGCCGCGCAGUUUGAGUCGGGGCCUUGCGAAGCGUCUGAUGAAGGAGACCAAUUUCGAGAAUACGGAGUUGGAUGCGCUGUGGGACCAGUUUCGAUGCCUGGCGAGCUACGAAUGGGCCGAUGACCCCAAUAAAUUACAUAUGGCGAUUGAUCGGAAGACAUUUGAUCGGUGCUUUGUUCCCAACACGUCUAUUAGGCCGCCGCCACCGAGUCUCAUCUACGACCGCAUGUUUGCCUUUUACGAUACGAACGGUGAUGGGCUGAUCGGGUUUGAAGAGUUCUUGAAAGGACUUGCCAGUCUCAACAACAAGAGUAAUGAUGAGCGGUUGCGCCGCGUGUUCCGGGGGUAUGAUAUUGAUGGAGAUGGAUACGUGGAACGGAAGGACUUCCUUCGGGUAUUCCGCGCCUAUUACGCGCUCAGCAGGGAACUCACACGAGAUAUGGUCGCUGGCAUGGAAGAUGACUUCCUGGAAGGCGGUGCCCGAGACGUCAUCCUUGGGAGCCAGCCGAUCAGCUCUGCUUUCCCAGGCAGUAUCCCCUCAGGUGAAGUCUCAAGAACUGGCGAGGGCAAGCGCAUGAACACAGAAGGUGACAUGGAAGUUGUGGAUAAUGAGGGUGUCCUGCGCCCUGAUGGCGACGACACCGGCGACAGACAUGCUGUUGUUGGAGAUGCUGCCCUUCGCGGACGAUAUGGAUCCCGACGGCCGCUGUUCCCUAACGUGCGUGUUCCCACGCCUGCCGGCGACAUGCGUAAUCCGAAUCGACAGCCAGAUGACAACACCGAUGACGGCAGUAGUGACUAUUCCAGCUCGACUGCUUUCACAGAUCGCUGGCCCCCAGUUGAGCAGAUCCGGGAUGAGGAUAUCGUGAACGCCCUUGGAGCGUAUGUCCCCAUCCAGGAAGUCACCGACCCGGUGGAUCGGGCUCGGAUCAGUACAGCCGUGUAUACCCGGAUGGUCAGCGACGACGAGAGACGCGUUGAUGAGGCCCGCAGACACGGGAUCGACGAGCGUUGGAGACGCAGGGCAUUCUACACGGACGUGGAAGAUGGCACCACCGCACCGGCCGGUUACGAGAGCGAGUCAGACAAUAUGACCGACGAAGGCACGCAGGAGGAGGACCAGCCAGACUUCGAGUCCCACCCGCCGUCUCCUCGCUCUCGGUCGUCCUCCAAGGUGCGCUUCCAAGACGAUAUUCCCGAUGACUAUGAUGUCCGGUCCAACCCUUCCACGUCCUCGCGCAGCAUCCUGGUCGGUUUACCAAACCCGCCACCAACGCAAAAUCUGGGCUCGUCAGAUUGA